AAAUAAAUAAGAAAAUAUUGAAUCAAAUUUAUCGUUAGUAAUUAGACAAAGCAAAAUUAUCAAAACGUACUAGCAUUUAAGUUGUACGCAAGCGCGAAAUAUCGAAUUCGUAUUUAACGACAAAUAUUCGUAAGUUCGAUGUCCGAGUCCGAUUUAAAACUUUUGCUACCAGUUUGUUAGUUUGUCAGAGUGGAAUAAUAUGGACGUAACUGGCAAGGUUCUUUACGAUAAAAUCAGAUGUUUACGUCCAGAACUUUCAAACGUCGUUACAUCAGAAAUGCUGGAUAUAAUUUGUGAUAAACCUUUGGUACAGCCGUUUUUGAAAUGGUUCUGCAAGAAUGUAAAUUACGUCAACGUUCUGUCAAACGAAGAUAUUGAAAUAAAAAAUAAAUUGCAAGAAAUGAAUGAAUGGUUAGAAGACUCGGAAUUGGAUUAUGCAUUGGAAGAAGCAGCUAAAGAUUGUCCUGAUUUGUUAAGAAUCAUUUCCUUUGAUGAUGCAGAUAUUAACAAUUUGUUCGUAGAAUACGAAAUAAUAAAGGAUUCCUAUAAGGAAGAUGAAAAUUAUAUUCAUAAAUUGCAGAAUGGGAUUCAAAAUUUAAAAAAAUUGGAAACUGAGUUGGAUGAAGAUAUAGAAAAAAAAGGAGAAUUUUUGGAUAAAGAGAAUAUUAAAGCAAAUAGAACGUACAAAGAAUGUUUUACUAUUCUGAAGAAAUUUGAUGUUGAGAAUCAUCAAUUUUUUAAAGAAGUUGAAUAUCUUUUGAAUGUUUAUGCAGAUGCAGCGAAAAAUAAAGGAAUACCAUUAUUGUGGACUCAAAUGCCAUUAGAACUUUUUAUUAGAAAUAUAGAGCUAUAUAAUCAUUACUUAGACAUUUAUAUAAAACGACAGUUUGGAAACACAUCUAAGGAAGAGCAAAAGACUGAUUCUGAUUAUGUUUCCUUAAUUGCUAAUAAUAAAGAAAAAACCAUAGAUAAUGAAAAACUACAGCAACUCACGCUAUGUAAAAAAAACUUAACUAAUGCAAAACUUGAAGAAAUUCUAACAAAAGUACAAGAGGAAUCAUAUAUUGCAAUGUUGAAUUAUAUAGAAGAUAUAUAUAAUUUAGGGCAUUUGAAAGUACCAAAACAUUCUGAAUUAAGAACAGAAAUUUUAAAGCUAACUAGGAAGAGGGAUGCCUUAGAAGAAGAUAUCACUUUGUUACAAGAACAUCAGUUAACAGAAGUAGUGCAACAGUUCUCACAGUUGGAAAUAACUAAAAUUUUAAAACAGGAUGCACAUACGAGACUUGAACGAGCAAAAAAUCAUUUAGAAGAACUUAGAAACCUACGAUAUCUUGCGCGGGAACGUGGUCAUGUGCGCAUUGAUUUAUUACGAAUGCUAAUGGAAAUGCAAUUUCAGUGUCUUAAAAAUGUUUCUGAAUUUGUAGGAGAUGCUUAUCACUAUUUAAUCACGGAAUAUUCACUAUCAUCUACGAGAUGUGAAAUUAUGCAGCAACUGCAAAAUGAGUAUUCUGCCCUUGUAUCUACACCGAAAAUACAUAAUUCAUUUCACAAAUUUUUUAUUUCAAUGAUGUGCAGUGGCGAUAAUGUACAUCAAUUAAAUUCUGCAUUGCAUAAGUAUAAUGAUGUUAUAGAUGAAAAUAAAACCAAGAAACAAUUUAUACUAAAAACUUAUUUAACUUCAAAAGUUCACAAAUUAGAAUCUCUGGAAAAUGAAGUAAAUUCACAAUAUUUAAAUGAGAUUGAGAAAGGACCUACACAUACAUUUAAAUCAACCUCUUAUAAUAUUGAGACUUGUCACAAUGAAACAUUUAAUAAUUUACAAAAGAUACAAACUGAUUUAACGAAAAUACGAAAUCAAAUGAAAGAACGACUGAAGGCGGACACAAACUUCGAACGAGAAAAAAAUAUUCUUUGGCAACGAUUUCUAAUCGAUCCUGAUACAUUAAGAAGAACAUAUAAACAAUUGAAGAAUGUGACAAAUAGAUCUUGUUUUGAUGAUGUAUAUGAAAAUGAAUUAAGUGAUUGAUUGUAAUUUAAUACUAUUAUAAUAUAAAUUCUAUUAUUAUAAGGAAAAAAAGAAACAAAAUCUUCAUAAAUUAAAUCAUAUAAAAUACACUGCCAAGGAAAGGUAUAAAAAUGUU